CUUACGGAAAUUUUAUGGACUUUGACUCUGAUCACCUGAAAUUUACGUGAUUGUAGCUUAUAAUUAAUAGGACACCAUGAUUAUAAAAGAAUAUCGAGUCACCCUUCCUCUAACAGUAGAAGAGUACCAAGUUGCACAGUUGUGGUCUGUAGCUGAGGCUAGUAAGAACGAAACGGGUGGUGGGGAGGGAAUUGAGGUGUUAAAAAAUGAGCCUUUUGAAGGGAUCCCAUUCUACGGCGGUAAAUACACUUCCGGACAGUAUACACAUAAAAUAUACCAUCUAUAUAACAAAGUGCCGGCAUUUGUUAGAAUUCUAGCACCUAAAGGUGCGUUAGAAAUGCAUGAGAAGGCAUGGAAUGCCUACCCAUACUGCAAGACUGUCAUCACGAAUCCUGACUAUAUGAAGGAGAAUUUUGAAGUUUGUAUUGAGACGAUCCAUUGUCCAGACACUGGAACACAAGAAAACGCACACUUGCUUUCACCAGACAAGCUAAAAAAGCGACAUGUAGUUGUACUUGACAUUGCCAAUGAUCCCGUACAGGCAAAGGAUUACAAACUAGAAGAGGAUCCAUCGAAAUUUAAAUCUGUGAAGACUGGGCGUGGUCCGCUGGUAGGACCGCGGUGGCGAGAUCACUGUGACCCGGUCAUGACCUGCUACAAGCUAGUAACGAUCGAAUUCAAAUGGUGGGGACUGCAGAGCAAGGUGGAGAACUUUAUACAGAAUAGUUACCCCAGAUUGUUCACCAACUUUCACAGACAAGUAUUCUGUUGGAUUGACAAUUGGUUUGGACUAACGAUGUACGAUAUUAGAGUACUGGAGGAUAAGACAAAACAUGAACUAGACGAGCAACGAUUGACGGGAGAAGUGCGUGGUACAAAAGCAGAGAAAUGAGCAACGGCAGCAAGGGGAGGUGCGCGGCACGAAGGAGGAAUAAAUCGGAGCACCGACACCAAAGGGCGCCACGAUCCACUUCUUCUCUGAACGUUAGGAAAUUUUUAUCGGGCGGUUCGUCGGUACGGACCCAGACGCGUUCGAUCAUCGGUUCCAAUGCAAACCAUGUUGGGUGUGAAACACUUGUCGAUUCUUUUCGCUUUACCGUCACGACCUGCCGUUGUUGUUUUUUGGGCCGGCUGCACGUAGAUUUGGACGUAUUCGUUCUCGCGUCGUACGCGCAUCUCCGCACCAGUGUUUAGAUCUAGAUUCUCGUUUGCCGCAGCACUGACGUCCAAUCUGCAUUUAUUCGUCCGGCUCUCUCUCCUCUAACUUCGGGGACAGCAUUCAGCAUCCGUCGCUCUCCUGCGAUGAGAACCAUGUUGGGGAAAAGGGUUGUGUAAUCGAGAGUUCCGCGCUAUAGCUAUAGAUAUAUAUAUAGAGACAGAGUCUAUCUAGUGUAUUAUUUCUAUGGCUAUCGAGAUCUUAGUGCAGCUGUUUCUAUGUGGACAUUGCUCCUAGUUAACACAUGCGUGGUGACAGACGGUGGAGAGGGGAAG